GAAUAAUCGAUUUUUUUUUUUGUUAGAUCUGUACAUAAUAUGUUAUAUUACACAUGUAAGCUAGGAUUCAGCUGAAGAUGAAACAAUUUCAGUCUAAGUACAACAUCCAGAGUGAGACUGGUAUGUUAUGACGUCGACACGUUUGCGUCAUAAGCAGCUUAUCAAUGGCACAAAAGCCGCAGAACAUGAAAUUAAUGGCAUUCAAGCUCAUGCGUCAGCUCGGAUCAGAAAGCAACGCACACGGCUUCGCUCGAAUAUUCAAUUCGAGAAACCGGAAACGGAAAUACGUAUGGCUCGUGCUCGUGUGUCUCGGAUUCCUGGCCGCCACCGUUCAGCUGACGAACCUGGUGAUGAAGUACCUCGAUUACCAGGUGGUGGAGAUCUCGGUAAUCAAGGAGAGCGAACCAAUCAUGUUCCCCGCGAUCACGGUCUGCAACAUUGAGCCGAUAUCUUCGCGGAAGCUGGGAAUUCUGUUGGAGAAGCCCGACUCCCACGUCCUGCAGUGGCUGAAGUUCCUCGAACAUUUUGAGUUCGCCAAUCAGACAGCUCAUUACUCGUCUAUAGUGGCCUUCUACGAAAAUGUCGGCGACGAAGCACUGUUUGUCCGCCAUGACGUCAACGACUUCAUUGUCCACUGUCACUUCAACCGAAUGCCGUGUUCUUCGACCAACUUCUCCACCACUUGGGACAGCAACUACUACAGCUGCUUCACCUUCAACAGCGGGUGGAACAAAACAGCUCUUCUGCAUUCGUCAGGACCACAACACGGUCUGUCUUUGGUGAUUUCUUUAGAGAACAAGCGACCCCUGUUAGGGUUAUACGGAGUCUAUGACAUCAAUUCUAAUAUUCGCUAUAGUGCCGGGACGAGAGUAGUGAUACACGCCCCUGCCACGAUGCCAAGCCCAGUCGACCAGGGUUUCGAUGUGCCGCCUGGAUUUUCCUCGUCUGUGGGAUUAAAAAUUGUGCACCACACCAGACUGCCACAACCUUAUGGAAACUGUUCCGAUGGUGAACUAAUUGGCACCAGGCGCUACAGAAACUCGUUUUUCGCCUGCCUGCAGAUCUGUAAGCAAAAUGAAGUGAUGAGAAAGUGCAGGUGCAAAUCUGCCAGCCUACCCCAAGUCCGGUACGCGCAGUUAUCGUUCUGCGGAACUGUUCCCCACUGGAGGAAGCGUCUCAAAUACAAAGAGAUGUACUCGCGGCGAAUUCACAACCCCGCUCUCGCCUGCGAGAUGCGCGUUCGGGACCGCAUGGCGCAGGACAGGAGUUACGAAGCCACCUGCAGGUGUUACCAGCCCUGUCACGAGACUCUGUAUCUACGAUCAAUCUCUCUGUCCUACUGGCCUCUGGAAUUCUACCAGCUAGACGCGCUGAAGGUAAUGUACGGCGACCGAAUCAACUACCACUUUCUCAACGACACUUUCCAGUCCCUGUCUGACGUGAUGAACAAGACCAACCACACACUGACUAACAAGAAACCGUCCAUCAAGCAGCGCAUCAAGGUGGAACGGGCGUCAGACCUCAUCAGACAGAACCUCCUGCGUCUCAACGUUUACUUGGAGGACCUGAGCAUCGUGGAAUUCCGCCAGCUGCCGGCGUACGAGCUGAUGGACUUGUUGGCUAAAAUCGGCGGCACGCUGGGUCUGUGGAUGGGAGUCUCCAUCCUGACGAUCAUGGAAUUUAUAGAGCUUGUCAUGUGUCUCGUCGUUAUGGUGUUCACAUCGAAGUGGAGCGCAAGAAAUGCGGAUAGUAACGUGUAAUCAGUGUGUCUGUGUCGGGAGAGAAAUUAGCAAUUUAUUUGCAAAUCACGAUUUUAGAUGAGUUCUAUUCGCACAGAUUGUGGUGUCGUUAAGAAUAGUUAAAUAAGUCAGACAAUUUAUUUAGUUAUUUACGUUACAAAACUCGUUUAAUACAAAAUUGGGGGAAAUUUCUUUUUUAUUAUUCUUCAUUAAGAAUAGGUGCACAGUGGUUAUUUCAAGUUGGAUUAAAUAGAAUUGAUGUAAAGCAGUGGUAUACAUGAAGUUACAAUCGUUUGAAGCACAAAACAUUGUUUCCCCCCAGUUGGAAUCUUCAUGUAUUAAAUUGCCUUAAAGGGUGUAUAGCUCCAAAUCAAAUCCCAUAGACGACAGUAGUAACAUGUGGCUAUUUAAACUACAGAGAUUUACUGGCAUGAUGGACCUACAUUUUAUCACAACAAACACUGUCACAUUUAUCACCAAUGACAGGACUUUUGGUAUAACUGUCCUGUCAAAAGUUAGGUCACUGGCGUUGGGUGUAGGAAGCAGAGGGAGAGGGAGGCAUGUGCCCCACCCCCCUACUUUGUAGCAGUAGCGAUUUUUUUAAAAAGCACACACACACACACACACACUUUUUGGCACAUUCCUACGCCCGUGUAGGUACGUCUCGAACUUUGACCCAGCCAGAUGUUAUUUGGUUUAAUAUUACCCAAAUGGACUGUCCUGAGUUUGCUAUUGUUGUAAGAUGUUUUUGACUAAUAGACGUUUUAAUGGCUACAUUUAUAUAAUAUAUUAAAUGGAAUAUCGCUGUCCAUAUAUCCAAUGUGCUUUACAGUAUUUUUUUAGGUCGUACUAAUAUUUGUAUUGGAAGUAAAAUGACAUAGGUAUUAUACAUGAAAAGUUUUAGUAGUUGAAAAUAUUCUUUUAGUCGAAAACAUGUUACAAUAGCAGCAAACUCAAUACAGUCUCUUAGUCUCUUUAAAUAUAUCUAAAUAUUCUAUUAUAUGGCAUCUAUAGAUGAGAUCCCAUUUGACAGCAUAUCGUUUUGACCAAUUUUCAUAUAUGUAUAAAAUUUUCUUUGAAAUGUAAAAUCGUGACUACUAGUAAUUUAAACAAACUUUGAUCAGGUCAGGUCAGGUUGGGUCAGGUCAGGCCAUAGGUUUUAACGUGCACAUUCAAAACAAACUGUUGUAGCACAAGCAGUCCGACCAAGGUCGGUGGCGGGCGAGGGUUGGUUUUGGUGGUAUUGAAUUUGCAAAUGUCCCAUGGGAUUAAAGCCAAAUAGAAAAUGUUGUGUAAUUUCUGGAAGGUAAUUUUGACACAUAAUUUAGAAUGGUUCAUCAAAAUUGAAGAUAAAGCUAAUUGGUUGAUUUGACUUGAUCGAAAGGUAGCUUCUUGCUGGAACUUUCGAAUUUUAUCAGCCAAAUACUAAAUCUUAUUACCACGUUCUACAGUAAUUAGCAAUUUGGCAAUGGGCAGGGUGAACCCCGUUUCUGAUCAAGUAGGAUUGGCUACUUGGGCAAUGGGCGGGGUGAACCUCGUUUCUGAUCAAGUAGGAUUGGCUAAUUGGGCAAUGGGCGGGGUGAACCUCGUUUCUGAUCAAGUAGGAUUGGCUAAUUGGGCAAUGGGCGGGGUGAACCUCGUUUCUGAUCAAGUAGGAUUGGUUAAUUGGGCAAUAGGCGGGAUAAACCUCGUUUCUGAUCAAAUAGGAUUGGGCAAUGGGCGGGGUGAACCUCAUUUCUGAUCAAGUAAAAUUGGCUAAUUUGGCAAUGGGCGGGGUAAACCUCGUUUCUGAUUAAGACUACUUUGGCUAUGGGUGGGGUGAACCUCGUUUCUGAUCAAGUAGGAUUGGCUAAUUGGGCAAUGGGCGGGGUGAACCUCGUUUCUGAUCAAGUAGGAUUGGUUAAUUGGGCAAUAGGCGGGAUAAACCUCAUUUCUGAUCAAGUAGGAUUGGGCAAUGGGCGGGGUAAACCUCGUUUCUGAUCAAGUAAAAUUGGCUAAUUUGGCAAUGGGCGGGAUAAACCUCGUUUCUGAUCAAGUAGGAUUGGGCAAUGGGCGGGGUGAACCUCGUUUCUGAUCAAGUAAAAUUGGCUAAUUUGGCAAUGGGCGGGGUAAACCUCGUUUCGGAUUAAGACUACUUUGGCUAUGGGCGGGGUGAACCUCGUUUUGAAUCAAGUAGAAUUGGCUAAUUUGGCAAUGGGCGGGGUAAACCUCGGUUCGGAUCAAGUAGGCUAAUUUGGCAAUGGGCGGGAUGACUCUAGUCGAAUUAAGUAGAACUGGGCGAGAAAAAACUCAUGCCAGUCAUUGAUAGCUGCUAGCAGAUAGCUUUGAACAGAACAGUUCAGUUUUCUCUUAUAUAUUAUGUCGUUAAAUAUUGAUUGAUUAAUUAAUUCAUCCAUCCAUUCAUUCAUCCAUCCAUCCAUUGAUGCAUUCAUCCAUCAAUCAAUCAAUCCAUUCAUAUAUUCUUUCAUGCACCCAUCUAUCCAUCCAUC